UUCUUCUGUGACCAUGGGAGAGAGGAGUGAAGAAUGAUCUGUGCUUCCUAAACACAGUCCUGAGGGUACCGUCAUGUUGGAAGGUCUUGUAGCCUGGGUUCUCAAUACCUAUCUGGGGAAAUACGUCAACAAUCUCAACACCGACCAGCUCUCGGUCGCACUUUUGAAAGGUGCUGUUGAACUAGAAAACUUGCCAUUGAAGAAAGAUGCCUUGAAAGAACUGGAACUACCAUUUGAAGUCAAAGCUGGCCUGAUUGGGAAGGUGACUCUGCAGAUCCCCUUCUACCGCCCCCAUGUGGACCCGUGGGUGAUCUCCAUCUCCAGCCUUCAUUUGGUUGGAGCUCCUGAGAAAAUAGAAGAUUUCAACGAUGAAAAGGAGAAACAGCUGGAAAGGGAACGCAAGAAAGCCCUGCUCCAAGCCCUGGAGGAGAAAUGGAAGAGCGAACGCCAGCAGAAAGGAGAACCCUACUGGUACUCGGUCACUGCCUCCCUGGUUACGAGAAUCGUGGAGAACAUUGAGUUAAAAAUCCAGGAUGUGCACUUGCGCUUUGAAGAUGCUGUCACUAAUCCUGCCCACCCUUUCGCAUUUGGCAUCUGCAUCAAGAAUGUAUCCAUGCAGAAUGCUGCCAGUGAGCCUGUGCAGAAGCGGAUGCGGAAAAAGCAGUUGGACGUGGCCGACUUUAGCAUCUAUUGGGAUGUCGACUGCACUUUACUGGGGGACUUGCCUCAGGUGGAGUUGCAGGAGGCCAUGGACCAGAGCAUGGACAGUCACGACCAUCACUACAUCUUAGAGCCUGUCUGCGCCUCUGCUCUCCUGAAGAGAAACUGUUCCACAGAGCCUCUGAGGUCCCGGCACAGCCCCCGCAUCGAAUGUGACAUUCAGCUAGAGACCAUCCCCCUGACACUUUCUCAGCUCCAGUACCGACAAGUCAUGGAAUUCCUCAAGGAGCUGGAACGAAAGGAGAGGCAGGUGAAGUUCCGAAAAUGGAAACCCAGAGUGGCUGUUUCUGAGAACUGCCGAGAAUGGUGGUAUUUCGCUUUGAAUGCUAACCUGAGUGAGAUGAGAGAGCAGAGGAAGUGCUGCACCUGGGAGUUCUUGCUGCACCGUGCCCGGGACGCCGUCUCGUACACGGACAAAUACUUCAGCAAACUGAAAGGAGGCUUGCUGUCUGCAGAGGACAAGGAGGAGAUGUGUCGGAUCGAAGAGGAACAGAGCUUUGAGGAAUUGAAGAUUUUGCGUGAACUGGUUCAUGAAAAAUUCUAUAAGCAAGAAGAACUGGCAGAGAACCUCCGAGAGCCUCAGUCCGGGUCUCUAGGAGGCUCUCCAGGAGACCCGGAAGCCGGUGGAGGCAGUGGGAUGCUGCAGUAUCUUCAGUCCUGGUUCCCAGGUUGGGGCGGCUGGUAUGGGCAGCAGAACCCUGAAGGGAAGCCCGUGGAGGGACUCUCUGUAGAGCAGCACGACCAGUGGACUCCUGAAGAGAUCCUAGGCACUGAGGAGUUUUUUGACCCUGCCGCAGACGCCUCUUGUCUAAACACAUACACGAAGCGGGAUCACGUGUUUGCCAAGCUGAACGUGCAGCUGCAGCGGGGGACGGUGACACUGUUCUGCCAGGAGCAAGGGACAUCCCCCGCGGAUGAGCGCGCCUUCAUGCAGCUGGAGUUUUCAGAUGUAAAACUCCUAGCAGAAUCUCUUCCUCGAAGAAACUCCUCCUUGCUUUUAGUUCGCUUGGGUGGACUGUUUCUUCGUGACCUGGCAACGGAAGGAACUCUGUUUCCUCUUUUGGUCUUCCCUAAUCCUCAAAAAGAAGUUGGCAGAGUCUCACAGUCCUUUGGCCUCCAAACAGCAGCUGACAGGCGCGGCCAUUUCCCCGCUGCAGAACUGGAUGACCCAGUUUUCGAGAUGCUGUAUGAAAGAAACCCAGUGCACAGUCACUUUGAGAGGCGGCUAAAUGUCAGCACCAGGCCUUUGAACAUCAUAUAUAAUCCCCAGGCUAUUAAAAAAGUAGCAGACUUUUUCUACAAGGGAAAGGUUCAUACCUCAGGCUUUGGUUACCAGUCUGAACUUGAGUUGAGAGUGGCUGAAGCUGCUCGAAGGCAGUAUAACAAGCUGAAGAUGCAGACGAAGGCAGAGAUCCGACAGACACUUGAUCGUUUGCUUGUGGGUGACUUCAUUGAGGAGAGUAAGCGGUGGACUGUGCGACUUGAUAUCUUCGCCCCUCAGGUGAUCUUCCCUGAUGACUUCAAAUUCAAGAACCCCGUGUUAGUAGUUGUGGAUCUAGGCAGGAUGCUGCUGACAAAUACCCAAGAUGACUCCAAGAGGAAAAAUGGCGAUGGGUCAGCGUCUGAAGAUACUCAGUUCAGUGAUGAUGAAUACAAGACCCCGCUCGCCACCCCUCCUAACACUCCACCUCCAGAGAGCAGCAGCAGUAAUGAGGAGAAGACGCCGCCGUUUUCUGGAGUUGAGUUCAGCGAAGAGCAGCUCCAAGCACACCUGCUGAGCACGAAGAUGUACGAGCGGUACUCCUUGUCCUUCCUGGACCUCCAGGUCAUGGUGGGCCGGGUGAAGGACAACUGGAAGCACGUGCAGGACAUCGAUGUGGGACCUACCCACGUGGUUGAGAAGUUCAAUGUUCACCUGCAGUUGGAACGUCGAUUGAUUUACACUUCAGAUCCCAAGUACCCUGGGGCCGUGCUUUCAGGCAACCUCCCAGACCUAAAAAUCCACAUCAACGAAGAUAAGAUAUCUGCUCUAAAGAACUGCUUUGCUCUCCUGACUACCCCAGAUGUGAAAACAUCUGACACUCAGAUCAGAGAGAAGAUUUUUCCCCAAGAGCAGGAGCAGGGAAGUUUGCAAGACUCAGUCAUGAAUCUAACUCAGAGCAUCGUGAUGUUGGAGCAGCACACCCGGGCGGUGCUGGUGGAGUCUCAGCUCCUCCUCGCCGAGUUCAAGGUCAACUGUGUGCAGCUUGGCGUUGAGAGCAACGGCAGGUACAUCUCUGUGCUCAAGGUCUUCGGCACCAACGCUCACUUUGUAAAGAGGCCUUACGACGCUGAGGUCUCCCUGACUGUCCACGGCUUGCUGCUGGUGGAUACCAUGCAAACAUACGGUGCUGAUUUUGACCUUUUGAUGGCCUCCCAUAAGAACCUGAGCUUUGAUAUCCCGACAGGAAGCCUCCGGGAUAGCAGGGCCCAAUCUCCUGUGUCUGGGCCAGCUGCGGCCCAUGUCGCUGAUGCUGCCUCCUUGAACCACCAGUCAGCUACGAGUAUUUUGCUUGACAGAAUCCUCACCAAAGAACAUGAGUCUCUCAUUAAGUUGGAGUACCAGUUUGUCAGUUCAGAGUGCCCAUCGAUGAACUUGGAUAGCACUCUGCAGGUGAUUUCUCUGCAGGUGAAUAACUUGGAUAUUAUCCUAAAUCCAGAGACGAUUGUGGAACUGAUUGGCUUUCUCCAAAAAUCGUUUCCCAAGGAAAAGGAUGACUUGAGUCCUCAGCCGUUGAUGACUGAUUUUGAAAGAAGCGCUAGGGAGCAAGGAACGUACCAGUCCACAUAUGAACAGAACACUGAGGUUGCCGUGGAAAUCCACAGGCUCAACUUACUGCUCCUGCGGACAGUGGGGAUGGCAAAUGGAGAGAAGCAUGGCCGGAAAAUCGCAACUGCAAGUAUAGGCGGCACGAAAGUCAAUGUCUCAAUGGGCAGCACGUUCGACGUAAAUGGUUCUCUCGGCUGUUUGCAGCUCAUGGAUUUGACACAAGAUAACGUGAAGAACCAGUACGUUGUCAGCAUUGGGAACUCUAUGGGCUACGAAAAUAUCAUUAACGACAUAGGCUACUUCGAAUCAGUCAGAAUGGAAGAUGCCGUCCUUCACGAAGCUUUGAGUUUCACAUUUGUUGAGAGAUCGAAGCAGGAGUGUUUCCUGAGCCUCAAGAUGGCUUCCUUGCACUAUAACCACUCUGCCAAAUUUCUGAAGGAGCUGACGCUGUCCAUGGAUGAACUGGAGGAAAAUUUUCGCAGUAUGCUGAAAAGCGCAGCCACCAAAGUCACCACAGUGCUGGCCACCAAGACGGCUGAGUACAGUGAGAUGGUGUCCCUCUUUGAGACACCAAGGAAGACUCGGGAAUCCUUGACCUUGGAGGAGAGUGACAUCUAUGGCUUUGGCCUGACUGCGUGUCGCUCUGACACCGUCAAGCUGAUCCUGAACGUCAACAUCGAGUCCCCCGUGGUUUCCAUCCCUCGGAAGCCUGGGAGUCCCGAGUUGUUGGUGGGACACUUGGGACAGAUAUUCAUCCAGAACUUUGUGGCAGGAGAUGACGAGUCCAGAAGCGACCGUCUGCAAGUGGAAAUCAAAGACAUCAAGUUGUAUUCCCUGAACUGCUCCCAGUUGGCAGGCAGAGAGAGCCCUGGGUCUGAAGCAAACCAGGUGUCUUGCCCGUCGUCUGGGUCAGCCAGUGCCGACAGUCAGGAGGAAGCACAGUUCACCCGGCAUGACUUCUUUGAGUCUUUGCACAGAGGUCAAGCUUUUCAUAUCCUGAACAACACUACCAUUCAGUUUAAACUGGAGAAGAUCCCUAUAGAGAGAGAAUCUGAACUGACUUUCUCUCUCAGUCCGGAUGACUUGGGAGCAUCUAGCAUCAUGAAGAUUGAAGGGAAAUUCGUCAAUCCAGUUCAGGUGGUGUUAGCAAAGCACGUAUAUGAGCAGGUUUUACAAACGUUGGACAAUCUCGUGUAUAGUGAAGAUCUGACUAAGUCUCCCGCCAGUGCCACCUCCUCUCCUUGCCCUAGUUCUCCUCUGCCUUCCCUCAGCAUCUGUGGAGAACUUUCCCUUGAAAGGAAGGAGAAUGGACUGUUCAGCCACUCCAGCCUUUCUUUCUCUUCUCAAAAGUCAGUGUCUGUGAAGGAAGUCAAAUCCUUUACCCAGAUUCAAGCCAACUUUUGCAUAUCAGAGCUUCAAGUCCAACUGAGCGGAGAUCUGACUUUGGGGGCCCAGGGUCUUGUGAGCUUAAAGUUUCAGGAUUUUGAGGUGGAGUUCAGUAAAGACCACCCUCAGACACUGUCCAUUCAAAUCGCCCUGCGCUCUCUGCUGAUGGAAGACUUACUGGAGAGAAACUCCGAUCCCAAGUACAGGAAUCUGAUGGUGUCUCGAGGCGCUGCCAAGCCGUCCAGCUUGACCCCGAAGGAGUACCUUUCCCAGUCCUGCCCUGCAGUCUCCCAUGUGGAGUACCCUGACAUGCCUCGGUCGCUCCCCUCCCACAUGGAAGAAGCGCCGAAUGUCUUCCAGUUUUACCAGAGACCCACUUCAGCCUCCCAAAAGAAACAGAAGGAAGUCCCGGACAAGGACUGCCCCUUGACGCCCCCGCCUUCCCCAUCAGUGAAUGAGCCCACGGCAAGGAGUAAAUUCGAUGACUCCUUGGUCCAUAUCAACAUAUUCCUAGUGGAUAAGAAGCACCCAGAAUUCUCCUCCACUUACAACCGGGUCAGCCGGAGCAUCGACGUUGACUUUAACUGCUUGGAUGUGCUCAUCACUCUGCAAACCUGGGUGGUGAUACUAGAUUUUUUUGGGAUUGGCUCCACCGCCGACAAGCAUGCCAUGAGGGUGCCCCCCGAGGACAUCCUACAGAACGUGAAGUCAGAAUCCAGUGCUGCGCUCGAGCCUGAGCUGCAGGACCCAGUUAACACCAAGCUGGACCUCAAGGUCCAUUCACUCUCUCUUGUGCUGAGUAAGACCACCAGUGAGCUUGCUAAAGCAAAUGUCUCCAAGUUAGUAGCACAUCUGGAAAUGAUUGAGGGAGACCUGGCCUUACAGGGUAGCAUUGGCAGUCUGUCUCUCAGUGACCUGACACCCCACGGCGAGUUCUACAGGGAACGCUUCACCACAAGUGGCGAAGAAGCACUCAUCUUUCACACAUUCAAAUACGGACGCCCUGACCCUCUGCUCCGGCGAGAACAUGACAUCCGUGUUAGCCUCCAGAUGGCCUCCGUGCAGUAUGUACACACUCAGCGCUUUCAGGCCGAGGUGGUGGCCUUCAUUCAGCACUUCACGCAGCUGCAAGAUGUGCUAGGACGCCAGCGAGCUGCGAUUGAGGGCCAGACGGUGAGAGACCAAGCCCAGCGCUGUUCUCGGGUUCUCCUGGAUAUCGAGGCUGGUGCACCUGUUCUGCUCGUCCCAGAGAGCUCCAGGUCAAAUCACCUUAUUGUAGCCAAUCUGGGGAAGUUAAAAGUCAAGAACAAGUUUCUCUUUGCUGGUUUUCCUGGAACCUUUUCCUUACAAGAUAAGGAAUCUGUGCCCUCCACUUCCCCAAGUGCGACACCUAAGCACAGUAUGAGGAAGACGACAGACACCGAGGAGCCGAAGGGCCCCCAUUCUGAGGGGCUGGUCAUGGUGCCUGCUCCUGGGAUGAGUGUUGGCGCCCCGAAGAGUGAGCCUGUGCUGAGUCCCUGCAUCAGCCAGCAAGGGCAGCAGGCCGUACCACCUGCCGGCCAGGUUGCCAGCAGCCCAGAAGACCAUGUCUGCCUGUUGGAUUGCAUUGUUGUGGAUCUGCAAGACAUGGACAUCUUUGCUGCAGAGAGACGUCCGCGAGAGUAUUCUAAGACUUCAGAAGACCACAACGGAGACCUCAUCUUCCCUUCCUAUUUUGUGCGACAGACAGGAGGAAGCCUCUUAACUGAGCCUUGUAGACUAAAAUUGCAGGUGGAAAGGAAUUUGGACAAGGAAAUUAGCCAUUCUGUCCCAGAUAUUUCUAUCCGCGGCAACCUGUCCUCAGUCCACUGCUCCUUGGAUUUGUCCAAAUACAACCUGAUCCGUGGGUUACUAGAGAACAACCUUGGAGAACCCAUAGAGGAGUUCAUGCGGCCUUAUGAUUUACAGGAUCCCAGAAUUCAUACGGUUCUGAGCGGAGAGGUUUACACAUGCAUGUGUUUCCUCGUUGACAUGGUGAAUGUCAGUCUGGAGUUGAAAGACCCCAAAGGAAAAGAAGGUGCUGGGUCCUUGGCCAGAUUUGACUUCAAGAAAUGUAAACUGCUCUAUGAGAGCUUUUCCAAUCAAACCAAGUCCACUAACUUGGUUUCCCAUUCAAUGAUGGCUUUUGACACUCGCUAUGCUGGGCAGAAGACCAGCCCUGGCAUGACGAAUGUAUUCAACUGUAUCUUUCAGCCCGCCAAGAAUAGCAGCACUACCCACGGAUCCAUUCAGAUUGAACUGCAUUUUAGAUCUACGAAGGAUUCCUCCUGUUUCACAGUAGUUCUCAACAACCUCCGUGUGUUCCUCAUAUUUGACUGGCUGCUCCUGGUCCAUGAUUUUCUCCAUACCCCCAGUGAUCUCAAGAAACAGACACAUGUGACUCCUUCUCGCCACCGGCAUUCUAGCAGCGAAGCUGCUGUAGUUCCCAAAGCUGUGAAAAGCGGAGUAGUUACCAAAAGGUCUUCCCUUCCUGUGUCCACCGAAAGGCACCUGGAGGUCAAGGUCAAUGUAACAGGUACAGAGUUUGUGGUAGUUGAGGAUGUAUCCUGCUCCGACACCAAUGCCAUCAUCCUCAAGGGCACCACUGUACUUACCUAUAAGCCCCGGUUUGCUGACCGUCCCUUUUCUGGAAGUUUGUUUGGCAUUGAGGUGUUUUCAUGCCGACUGGGGAAUGAGCAGGACACGGCUCUUUCAAUUGUCGACCCAGUGCAAAUUCACGUGGAGCUGGUGGGAAACUCCUUGUAUCAGAACAGUUCAGGCCUGAUGGACGCGUUCAACAGUGAAGACUUCCCACCCAUACUGGAGAUCCAGUUACAAGCCCUGGAUAUCAGGCUCUCCUAUAAUGAUGUCCAGCUGUUUCUGGCCAUCGCCAAAUCCAUCCCGGAGCAAGCUAGUGUUGCAGUGCCAGACCCAGCGGGUGUGGAAGCCAGCUCUCAAAGAAGUUACCUUCCUGGUAUGUCUCAAAUUGGAGAAGAAAUCAGAGAAGGGACAAAACAUGCCUUAGAUCCUAUCCUGGAGUUACAACUGGCUAGGCUGCAGGAGUUGGGAUUCAGCUUGGAAGAUUGUCGAAAAGCUCUUUUAGUGUGUCAAGGCCAAUUAAAGAAGGCAGCAAGCUGGUUGUUUAAGAAUGCUGAGCCUCUGAAGUCUCUUUCCCUGGCCUCUGACAGCCGGGAGAGCCCAGGGGCCACGUCGGCACAGUUGAUCUCUGGAGUGGAGAUAAAAGCUGAGAGCGUCUGCAUCUGUUUUAUCGAUGACUGUAUGGAUUGCGACGUCCCUCUCGCUGAGCUCACCUUUGCUCGACUGAAUUUCCUCCAGCGUGUAAGGAUGAGUCCUGAGGGCUAUGCCCACUUCACCGUUUCUGGAGACUAUUAUAACCGUGCUUUGUCAGGCUGGGAACCGUUUAUUGAGCCCUGGCCGUGUUCCGUAUCCUGGCAACAGCAAUCAGCUAGUCGUCUCCAUCCUCCUCGGCUGAAGCUGGAAGCUAAGGCCAAGUUCCGGCUGGAUAUCAACAUUACCUCUGUACUGAUUGACCAGUAUAGGAGUACCAAGGAAUCAUGGAUGGCAGAUUACUGUAAGCAGGACAAAGAAAGUGAUUCAACCACGUCAGAAGACUGGAUGGGCUCUUCAGUGGAUCCUCCGUGCUUUGGACAAAGCCUCCCCCUUGUCUACCUUAGAACUAGGAGCACAGCCAGUCUGACUAACCUAGAACACCAGGUCUAUGCUAGAGAGAUGAAAACCCCCAAGCGCCGACAGCCAUUUGUGCCUUUCGCUCUGAGGAAUCAAACAGGUUGCACACUGUGGUUUGCCACUCUGACCACCACGCCCACAAGGGCUGCACUGUCUCACAGUGGAAGUCCAGGACUAGUUCCAGAAGGGAACGGGACAUUCCUUGAUGAUGCGCACAACGUCAGUGAAUGGCGGGAAGUCCUCACAGGUGAAGAGAUUCCCUUUGAAUUUGAAGCCAGAGGAAAGUUAAGACACAGACACACCCAUGACCUCCGGAUUCAUCAGCUGCAAGUCAGAGUCAACGGCUGGGAGCAAGUGAGCCCGGUGUCUGUGGACAAAGUUGGGACCUUUUUCCGAUACGCAGCACCAGAUAAGAAUUCGUCUUCCUCUACAAUCGGUAGCCCCAGCAGCAGGACAAAUAUCAUCCACCCCCAGGUUUAUUUCUCCUCUCUUCCACCUGUCCGAGUGGUUUUUGCUGUGACAAUGGAAGGCAGUGCCCGAAAAGUAAUCACUGUUCGAUCAGCCCUCAUUGUGAAGAACAGACUUGAGACACCAAUGGAACUAAGACUGGACAGCCCCUCAGCCCCAGACAAGCCUGUGGUGCUUCCUGCUGUCCUGCCUGGCGAUUCCUUCGCUGUGCCCUUGCACCUCACUUCCUGGCGGCUGCAGGCUCGGCCCAAGGGGCUGGGUGUGUUUUUCUGUAAGGCUCCUAUCCACUGGACUAAUGUCGUGAAGACCACAGAAGUCAGUAGCAGCAAAAGGGAAUGCCACUCGAUGGACACGGAAAAAAGUCGAUUCUUCAGGUUCUGUGUGGCUAUCAAGAAAGAAAAUUACCCAGACUACAUGCCUUCAAACAUAUUUUCUGACAGUGCAAAACAGAUUUUCAGACAGCCUGGCCAUACCAUCUAUCUCCUGCCAACUGUGGUAAUCUGCAACUUGCUUCCUUGUGAGCUCGACUUUUAUGUGAAGGGAAUGCCAAUUAAUGGGACACUGAAAGCUGGCAAAGAGGCUGCUCUCCAUACAGCUGACACGUCCCAGAAUAUUGAACUAGGGGUGUCUCUGGAGAAUUUUCCUCUCUGCAAAGAACUUCUUAUCCCACCCGGGACCCAAAACUAUAUGGUCAGAAUGCGGCUCUAUGACAGCAACCGGCGGCAGCUAAAUCUCACCAUCCGGAUUGUGUGUCGAGCAGAAGGGGCCUUAAGAAUCUUCAUUUCUGCUCCGUACUGGCUGAUUAACAAGACAGGGCUCCCACUGAUCUUCAGACAGGACAACGCAAGAACAGAUGCGGCCGGCCAGUCUGAGGAACACGAGCUGGCACGGAGCCUGAGCCCUCUGCUGUUCUGCUAUGCUGACAAAGAGCAGCCAAACCUCUGCACAAUGAGAAUUGGAAGGGGGAUCCAUCCUGAAGGCAUGCCGGGCUGGUGCCAGGGCUUCUCACUGGAUGGUGGCAGUGGUGUCCGAGCUUUGAAAGUCAUCCAGCAAGGGAACCGCCCAGGGCUGAUCUAUAACAUUGGCAUUGAUGUCAAAAAAGGCCGAGGUCGAUACAUCGACACCUGCAUGGUCAUCUUCGCCCCCCGUUACCUGUUGGACAAUAAGUCGUCCCACAAGCUUGCUUUUGCACAGAGGGAGUUUGCCAGGGGACAGGGAACUGCCAAUCCUGAGGGCUACAUUUCCACACUUCCUGGUUCUAGCGUGGUCUUCCACUGGCCACGGAAUGACUACGAUCAGCUUCUGUGUGUCAGGCUGAUGGACGUGCCCAAUUGUAUUUGGUCUGGUGGCUUUGAAGUCAACAAGAAUAAUUCCUUCCAUAUCAACAUGAGAGAUACCCUGGGGAAAUGCUUCUUUCUUCGAGUGGAAAUUACUCUCCGUGGGGCUACCUAUAGGAUAUCGUUUAGUGACACGGAUCAGCUGCCUCCUCCUUUCCGAAUCGACAACUUUUCUAAGGUCCCAGUUGUCUUCACUCAGCAUGGUGUGGUGGAACCCAGGCUCCGGACUGAGGUGAAGCCCAGGACCUCACUAGACUACGCCUGGGAUGAGCCCAGCCUGCCGCCACUUCUCACUCUGACUGUGAAAGGGGCGGGCUCCUCCGAGAUCAGCUGCCACAUGGACGACUUCCAGGACAACCGGCAGCUUUAUUAUGAAAACUUCAUCUACAUUGCUGCCACGUACACGUUCUCUGGUUUACAGGAGGGGACAGGAAGGCCUGUGGCAUCCAACAAGCUGAUGACCUGUGCCGAGCUUGUCUUGGAUGUCUCACCCAAGACACAAAGAGUCAUUUUAAAGAAGAAGGAGCCGGGGAAACGUUCUCAGCUCUGGAGGAUGACUGGGACAGGCAUGCUGGCCCAUGAGGGCUCCUCAGUGCCUCACAAUCCCAACAAGCCGUCAGCGGUCCGCUCUCCCGAGGGCUCCGCCAUCUUAGAUAUUGCCGGUCUCGCUGCAGUAACUGACAACAGAUACGAGCCACUGAUGCUAAGAAAGCCUGACCGCAGGCGAAGCACGACCCAGACAUGGAGCUUCCGGGAAGGAAAGCUCACCUGUGGCUUGCGUGGGCUGGUUGUACAGGCCAAAGGAGGACUUUCUGGUUUGUUUGAUGGAGCUGAAGUUGUUCUUGGUCCUGACACUUCCAUGGAACUGCUGGGGCCAGUUCCCCCUGAACAACAAUUCACCGAUCAGAAAAUGAGGCCUGGUUCUGGGGUGCUGUGCGUUCGGGUCAUCCCGGAUGGACCGACUAGAGCACUGCAGAUAGCAGAUUUCUCCCAGCGGAAAAGCGACCGCUCAUCUUACGAAGUGGAUGAACUUCCUGUUACUGAACAAGAACUACGGAAGUUAAGGAAUCCAGAUACUGAACAGGAGUUGGAAGUGCUUGUGAAGUUAGAAGGCGGAAUCGGAUUAUCCUUGAUUAAUAAAGUCCCAGAAGAGCUGGUCUUUGCCAGUCUUACAGGAAUUAAUGUGCACUAUACACAGUUGGCAACCAGUCACAUGCUUGAACUCAGCAUCCAGGAUGUUCAGGUGGACAAUCAACUCAUCGGUACCACUCAGCCCUUCAUGCUGUAUGUCACUCCCCUGAGCAACGAGAACGAGGUCAUUGAGACAGGCCCUGCCGUGCAAGUGAACGCAGUGAAGUUCCCCAGCAAGAGCACACUGACCAACAUCUACAAGCAUCUGAUGAUCACAGCUCAGAGAUUCACGGUGCAAAUUGAAGAAAAGCUGCUUCUCAAACUGCUGAGUUUCUUUGGCUACGACCAGGCGGAGUCAGAGGUGGAAAAAUAUGAUGAAAACCUGCACGAAAAGACAGCUGAGCAAGGUGGAACACCGACUCGGUACUACUUUGAGAAUCUCAAAAUCAGCGUCCCCCAGAUCAAGCUGAGUGUGUUCACCUCCAACAAGCUGCCUCUGGAUCUGAAGGCCCUCAAAAGCACCUUGGGCUUUCCACUGAUUCGGUUUGAAGAUGCUGUCAUCAACCUGGAUCCAUUCACUCGGGUGCAUCCCUACGAGACCAAGGAGUUCAUCAUCAAUGAUGUCCUCAAACAUUUUCAGGAGGAACUCCUCAGCCAGGCAGCUCGGAUCCUGGGGUCUGUGGACUUUCUCGGCAAUCCCAUGGGCCUCUUGAAUGAUGUUUCUGAAGGGGUCACAGGACUGAUCAAGUAUGGAAACGUUGGAGGCCUUAUCCGAAACGUCACGCAUGGAGUAUCUAACUCUGCUGCCAAGUUUGCCGGGACGUUGUCGGAUGGCUUGGGAAAGACAAUGGAUAACCGGCACCAGUCCGAGCGGGAGUACAUCCGGUACCACGCAGCCACCAGUGGCGAGCACCUGGUCGCGGGCAUCCAUGGCCUAGCUCACGGUAUCAUUGGUGGAUUGACGAGUGUUAUAACAUCAACAGUAGAAGGUGUGAAAACAGAAGGGGGUGUCAGCGGUUUCAUAUCUGGCCUUGGGAAAGGACUCGUUGGCACGGUAACCAAGCCAGUGGCAGGUGCCUUGGAUUUUGCAUCAGAAACAGCCCAGGCGGUGAGAGACACAGCCACACUUAGUGGCCCCAGGACUCAAGCGCAGAGAGUUCGGAAGCCCCGAUGCUGCACAGGGCCCCAGGGGCUGCUUCCCCGCUACUCAGAGAGCCAGGCCGAAGGGCAGGAGCAGCUCUUCAAGCUCACAGACAAUAUACAGGAUGAACUCUUCAUCGCCGUGGAGAACACUGACAGCUACUGCGUGCUCAUCUCCUCCAAGGCCGUCUACUUCCUGAAAAGCGGAGACUACGUCGAUCGCGAGGCCAUUUUCCUCGAGGUCAGAUAUGACGAUCUCUACCACUGCCUCGUCUCCAAAGACCACGGGAAGGUAUACGUCCAGGUGACCAAGAAAGCUGUGAACACAAGCAGCGGGGUGUCCAUCCCAGGCCCUUCCCACCAGAAGCCCAUGGUCCACGUGAAAUCAGAGGUCCUCGCUGUCAAACUGUCGCAAGAAAUCAACUACGCAAAGAGCCUUUACUACGAGCAGCAGCUUAUGUUGAGGCUCAGUGAGAAUCAGGAGCAGCUGGAGCUGGACUCCUGAGAAACCCCAGCCGCUGGGGGAGAGGCUCCCAGACACAGACCCCAGACCAGCCAGGAGGAAAGAAGCCCAGAAGCUUGGCUUCAGCUAGAGGCAGAACCAGAGCACAGUGUGGGGACAUUAUCAAGAAACAAAGGAAAGUAGAAAAAAACCAAACUGACUGGGGGGGUAUGGAUACAAAUGGAAAUCAUAUUAAUUUGUGGAGGCAGAGGGUUACCUUAGAUUAUGGGGAAGUAAUUUUCAUAAGGUAUUGGUUCAAAUAACAUGUGAAAAGCGAAGUGUACUGAGAUGAAUCUAAUUUGCAGGUUGGCCUGUAUCUUGUUGACAUGUAUAUAUGUACACCUGUGUGUUUGUAAAUAGGAAUGUUUGAACAGGGCCUGUGGUGUGUGUAAAGGUUAACUGUAAAGUAAUAUAAAACUAUAUUGGAUCUCUUA